UAUUCAGUUAAUUAUGGAGAAACAAGCUGAAUAUCUAAGAAUUUUGCUUGAUGAAACUGAAAAUUGCGUAUUUUCUGAAUCCGAUGUUUCGAAUAUUGAUUAUGUCGAAAAAAGUGAUCAUCAAACUGAAAGUGAAAAGUCGUGUGAUGAAGACAAUGAUGAAUAUGAACCUACAGUUGUUAUUGAAGAGAUUAAAGAACGCCCAAGUUACACUGGAAAAGACAAAAAGAGUAUUUGGUAUAUGCAUCCACCCCCAAUAAAUACACGGACAACAAGACAUAAUUUACUAUUUGAAUGUCCAGGUUCAAAAGGUAAUGUGCGAAAUGUAAAUGUAGCAAUUGAAGCUUUACUUGGGUUUUACUUAUCCCAGAUAAUAUUAUUCAAGGUAUCACAAAUUUUACUGAUAUUUACAUUUCUAAAAUGCAUAAUAAUUAUAGUGAUGAAAAAUAUGCCAAAUACAUUUCAUUAG